CCUGAGGAGGCGUCAUCGCCUCGGGCUUCGCCCGGGUAGCCCCUCGGGCCCGGUGCAUCGCCCGCAGCUUCCCGACCGCCGGGAACCGGGAGCGAGCCACUUUCAGUCAGUUUCCCCUCCCCGCGGCCCGGCGGGGCGCCCCCAUCCCCCAAGUCUGGGUUGUGGCCAGGCCUGCUGGAGAAGGGGCCUGUUGUGCCUUCCAGUGCCUUCUCCUCCCUCAGCCCCCCAAGGUCUUGUGGAACUUGCUGCAUCUGAAGAUCUUCAACCAGGAUGUGAUCGCCUGCCUGGAAUAUUCUCAUAUUCUUAGACGUUUCAGCGCACAUCUGCGGUAAGAAGAGAGAGUCUCACAGGCCAACCUUGUGAUAGUGUGAGAGAAGACUACACAAGAGUGUGAAUACCAAAGUGGAAUUCAUUUGGAGCCAUUUUGGAAGUCUGGCUAUAACACCACUUAUCCACUGUUGCAGCCUUUGCCAUGUGAUCUGAGACUACCCUGGCUCCAGCUUAAAGCCCAAAUUGCUAUUGUGUACUAGAUCCAAGCAAUUCUUGUUUAAUCAAGGUUAUUGUUCAUGCAAGUCACUUUUUUAACCCUGGAUUAUAUUUUCCGUUUCUCUUGAUGAUUCCCAUUAGGAAACAGAUUGAAGGUGGCAGUUUAUGUAAAGGAAGCAUUGGGAGUUGUGGCCACACCACUCAAGAAUAAAAAUAUUAGAAAAUGGAACAACCGUAUGUGUUAUCUGAAGAAGAUGAGCCGAAACCACAGAACAGAAGAGAAACCAAACAAGUAGAUAGUGAAGAUGCUGAAUUGAUCUUUGUUGGUGUAGAACAUGGAAAUGAAGAUGCUGAGCUAAUCUUUGUUGGGGUGACUUCACAUUCAAAACCAGUUGUUUCAAACAUUUUAAACAGAGUCACCCCAGGUUCAUGUUUAAGGAGAAAAAAGUAUGGUCACCUCAGAAAAGAUGCUGCUCACAAAUUGCGACCUGUAAGUCACGGAACCCCACCAUCAGAAGCAGUGACUAUUUCGCCACUUUCUGAAUCUGAAUCAAGAUCAACAGAUAGCCCUGUUACUAUUGAGCCUUUGUCAAAACCUGAUUAUAAAAACAAUUCACAAGUUGUGCCUAAUAGCUCUGUAGAGUUAUGUUCUCCUUUGAUUUCAUUCACAAGUUCAUUGCAGCAUUCAGGAGCAGCACUUUCUGUGGGAGGUAUGAGUGAAAGUCCUCAUGUAUCAAAGCAAACUUCCACUUCUGAAGUGAACAGUGUAAAUCCCAAAAGAGCUAAAUUCAGUGAUGAAAUCAUAGAGGGACAUUCUUCAGCUUUGUCCCCUUCAGGUGUUGUCCAUACAGUCACUGCUCAGCAAAGCAUACCCUCAAUGAAUGAUCUUCAUACCUCAUUAAGCCAUGUUCAGAAUGGAGCACCUUUUUCAACAGCUUUGCCAAAGGAUAGUGUCCAUUUUAAGCCUAUAAAUCCCAGUAGGGAAAAUAAAUUGGCAAAACCAGACAUUUUGAGUCUCGCAAGUCAAAACAACACUGUUGAUCCCAAGAAAGAAAAUCUGAUUGUGUUACUUAGUGACUUUUACUAUGGACAGCAUAAAGGAGAUGAACAGCCAGAACAGAAGACUCACACAAUCUUUAAAUGCCUCAGCUGCUUGAAAGUUCUAAAAAAUGUUAAGUUUAUGAAUCACAUGAAGCACCAUUUGGAACUUGAGAAGCAGAAGAGUGACAGCUGGGAAAACCACACCACCUGUCAGCACUGUCACCGGCAGUUUCCCACACCCUUCCAGCUGCAGUGUCACAUCGAAAGUGUACACACUACCCAGGAGCCUUCUGUUGUCUGCAAAAUUUGUGAAUUAUCAUUCAAAACAGACCAAGUUCUCUUAGAGCACAUGAAGGACAAUCAUAAGCCUGGGGAGAUGCCCUAUGUGUGCCAGGUUUGCAACUAUAGAUCAUCGGUCUUUGCUGACGUAGAAACACAUUUCAGAACAUGCCAUGAAAACACCAAGAAUUUGCUUUGUCCAUUUUGUCUUAAAAUUUUCAAAACUGCAUCACCAUACAUGUGUCAUUAUAGAGGACACUGGGAAAAGAGUGUUCACCAGUGUUCCAAAUGCCGGUUACAGUUCUUAACUUUCAAAGAGAAAAUGGAGCACAAGACCCAAUGUCAUCAAAUGUUUAAGAAGCCUAAGCAACUAGAAGGAUUGCCUCCUGAAACAAAAGUUGUUAUUCAAGUGUCACUGGGGCCUCUUCAACCAGGAUCAGUGGAAGUAGCGUCCAUUACCGUGAGCACCUCUGAUUCGGAACCGUCACUUCCCAAGUCAAAAAGUAGAAUUUCAAAAAACCUGCAUUAAUCCUAGGUUCAGUAAAUCACAAAUAUUUCAAACCAAGUAAAAAUCACAAUAAAAACAAAAAAUACACGUUUUACAUAGUUCAGUAGCAUUAAAAAUAGUGAACUCAGUGGCUCAUCUCAUGAGGUUUUUUAAAAAAUUCAUGAAAGGCAAUAUUUAAUUUGAGAUUACAUUUUAAAAUGUAUUACCUGAUUUUUGUGUAUUCUGUCUUUCUAACACAUAAAAGGUGUUUAUGCAUGUAUAUGUGUGUAGGAAAGAAAAAGAAAAGUGGGAAACUAUUUAUUAUGUUGGAUUUUUCAUGUUAUGCCCAAGUUUGAAAGUUCUUCUGUCGGUAUAUAGAUUCAAUAGAGUGUUUUAAGUAUUUAAUUUUAUUUUCAACUUUGUCCAUGCCUUGAAGAAUUAACUUUAGUCAGGUUGGAAUGGCUUUGUUAUGGAGUGGUCCUGUUUGCUGCUGAACUCCCAGAAGUGCCUCUGUUUUGCUGGCUUAAAUUAACCUAGCUCUGAAAGCAUGGGUGUGGAGAAGUUCAGGGAUAAGCUGUGACAUGUAUGGUGACCAGGAAGUUAGUCAAUAGUCAGUUGACUGACUAAAAGUCAAAAGAGAGCAGUGGCCCCUUGUCACAGCUGAGGGAGAGACACAUACUUUUGUCGUAGAGCCAAAGCCAAAAAAUAGCUGUCUCAGAGUGUCUUUCCCUAGCUCAAGAAUAUCCCCAAAAAAAGCAAAACCAUUAAAAUAAAAUGCCUGCAUUUGGCAGGGGGGCCCUAUAGACACUCAGCAACUGCUGUAUAUCAUUGGUUUCUGAGGAGAAGCAAUGGUAAUUAAUAAAACGGGGCCUGAGCCUGUGGUCUGGGUCCUGUUAAGUGAUCCAAAUGAAAAUAUAGUUUGUUUCCUCCCUUCCCACUUGGUUGGCCUUUAGUUAGAAUAAACUAGCCAUAUCCCUUUCAGCCACAGAAGUAAAGCAAGUGAACUUUCCUAAGGGAAAGAAGUCCCAAUGUCCGUGUUUUGAAUUGUACUAGACUCAUAGCUUUAAACAAAAAGGGCCAAAUGGUAUCUGUCCAGUUCAUGGACUAGUCUAAAUUUAGUUCUCUUGCUGUUAAGCUGGAAUGGGGGCUUAUCUAAUGUACAAACAGGUAAAAACAACCCGUGGUUGCUGACUAAAAUGCAUUAUAGGAUUUUUUUCCUUAUAUUUUUCUGAAUACUUGUAUCUUAUCCUAAUUAAAAAUGUGGAGUUUGCAAUUUGGUAUCUUGCCUUGGACAUGAAUGUAUUAAUAUUAGUUACUGUGUUGUUGUGCAUAUGAUUUUCCUUUCUAUCAAAUGAAGUUGGGUGUUGACAUACUCCAGUGUGCAAUAAAUGUCCCAUUUAUGUCAGUAAGUAUUAGUCUCAGCAUUACUGUCCUUUAUCUAAUCUGAGUAUACAGAAUGAUAUGUACCAUCUCCAACUGCUCUUUCAGAGCUGUGGGGAACUCUCUGAGUAAAGGUUUCUGAACAUCAGUAGCCAUGGCUACUUCUGUAGGUUUCCAGGAUUGAGUCUCCCUAGGCAUGUUCUAGUGCCAUCCCUUCUUCCUCCAUAAUGACCCAGGUUCCUAGUUGCCUCUGUACACCACCUCAAGGAAUCUGAGAUCUUGGCUAUAAACCUAAACCAGGAGAAAUCUCUUUUUCUCUUGCUUACGCCUCUUCCUUAAAGACACCCUAUCUUACCUACUCCUUUCCUUCCUCCUCAAUCUCAUAAAUUCCAAGUUUUCCCAAAAAGAUGAGAAAUGAUAAUCAAGGGCUUAGCAUACCUUUUAGAAUUGGGGAGGAAGGACUCCAGAUAACAAAAGCUUUGAGUAUAUUUUCCAUCUUUUAGAUUAUUUCCUAUGUAUAAAUCCGUUGUAUUUAUUUACUGGGUGCUUGAUUGAUUGAUUUGCACUUUGAACAUUUUACUAUGCCUUUUCAGUUACUUUGCCUGGGCCAAGGCACUUGCUACAGUUUCAGCCCAAACCCCUUUCUUUAGGUAUAGAAAGAUUUUGUGUGUGUGUGUGUGUGUGUGUGUGUGUGUGUGUGUGUUCAUGUAUUUAUUCCACUUGUUCUGUACUCAUGUGGAAACAGAAUUCUGUGUAUAAAUAGAUCUGCAAACUUUUGCAUACUUAUCUCCCUUAUUCUGUUUCUGUGGUAAAAAAUAUGAAAUGUUUUGUGUUUUUCUGGUUGCUUAGUAUUAACCAACACUGUUUGCUGUUUCACUAAUGCAUGCUCCUAAGGAGUACAAAUUGCUAUCUAUGUUGCCAACUGCAGGUUCCACUGAUAAGGUCCCGGCCUACUUUCUCCCCUUCUCUGUCAUCCUCUGUCACACUCAUCUACCAUUUUCCCCACAUGUACUAUUUUUUAGCAUACUGGCUUUGCUUUUCCUCAAGCAAAUCAUUUAUCUUCUGAUCCAAAGAAUUUGCAACUGCUCUUCUCUUACUUGGAAUGCUUUUUCCCACAAGCCUACAUGGCUUGCUGCCCCUUUUAAUUGAGUUUCUUUGGUUCAUUGAUCUUCACCAAUGUUAUUAAAAUAACAGACAAAUUUGCCCUCUGCAUUUCCAUUUAAUCUCCUUAAAGGCACUUUAUGUCCCCACCCACCCCCUUUCUUUCCUAUCUAAUUAGAUUUUCACAAAAAGUUGGAAAGAUAAUCAUCAAGGGCUUUGCUUCUUUCUUAGAACUGAGCUAGCUUGAGUCAGUUUCUGUGCCUGUAACAAAAAGAAGUUGAGUUGAGUUCUUCAGGAGUUUUCUGUUUUUCUACUGAUACCCCUAUAUUUUUUUAAGGCAAUGUCACUUUGCUUUGUUUACAAAUAUAUUGAAUAUCCGUCAAGAUUACUAUUUUGUUAUUACCCUUUGUGAAUUUCCUUGUCUAUUUUACUUGCUUGCUCUUUCAGAUAAAAUUUGUUAUUUUAUUAAUGUUGCCAAAAAUUGUAAGUAGGAUAGCAAUUACAGUAAUAAAAUGUUUUUCUGAAAAGCCGUUUUCAUUGUAUUGUCCUUCUGCUAACAGCAUGGCAUAUUUUUAGUUUUAUCUAAUUUUUAUUUAGUGCUGUAACAGUGAAAGCUCACUAAAAAAGGGAAGGUCCCACAAUGCUGCAACGAAAGUAUUCUAACACCUUAUCUCUAACUGGCUGAUU